AUGAACAAACAUCGACAAUUUACAAAACUUUCAGAUGCAAGCGAUGUCUCACUGUCAAGCCCUUCGAUACCUAUGACAGCAAUAACCUCUUCGAGUCAGACACGCUUGCAAAAUGCAACAGCUGGUGAGUCGCAACCUCAUAUUGUUAAUUUGUCGCAUACACGAAGACCCUCUGUGCCGGGCAUUGACCUAGAAGAUGAAUGGCCACUUACGGAACUUCCCCGAGAAUUAAGAGAACCUGAAACUGAUAACGAUGACAAUGCGGCUAAUAAUACAGAAGCCAACUCAAUGCGAAAUGACUGGAAGCGAGAACUAUUCCUUUUGUUAGAAGAUCCGUCGUCAAGCCACCCUGCCUUUUAUGUGAACGUGUUUGUUUCGUUUUGUAUUGUGCUUAGCGCUGUUUUGACAACCAUUGAGACGAUACCUACCUUUAGAUCGACAGAUAGCUCAGUAUGGUUCAAUUUCGAAACGACGAUAGUCGUGAUAUUUACAAUUGAAUAUGCAUUACGUGUGUUAGCGCAUUCUGAUAGCUCGCGACAGUUAUUCAAACAUGUCACUGUUGAUGUUUCAUCAUGA